GCAGCGGCAGCCGCGCAGCCCCGCGGCAUGGAGCGGCGCCGGGGCUGAGCCGGGCGCGCACGGGCCGCCGCAUGUGCGGCGCGGGGAGCGGCUGCGGAGCGCGCGGAGAGCGAGCGCCAGAGGGCCCGUCGGAGCGGCCGCCGGAGCAGCGCCGGAGAUGGGAGAACAGCCUAUCUUCACCACGCGGGCGCACGUCUUCCAGAUCGACCCCAGCACCAAGAAGAACUGGGUGCCUGCAAGCAAGCAGGCGGUCACCGUUUCCUACUUCUACGAUGUCACCAGGAACAGCUAUCGCAUCAUCAGCGUGGAUGGAGCCAAGGUGAUUAUAAACAGCACCAUCACACCCAACAUGACCUUCACCAAGACGUCUCAGAAGUUUGGGCAGUGGGCGGACAGCAGAGCCAACACGGUGUUCGGCCUGGGGUUCUCCUCGGAGCAGCAGCUGACAAAGUUUGCAGAGAAAUUCCAGGAGGUGAAAGAAGCCGCCAGACUAGCCAGAGACAAGUCCCAGGAGAAAACGGAGACUUCGAGCAAUCAUUCCCAAGAAUCUGGGUGUGAAAGCCCGUCUUCUACUCAGGCAUCCAGCGUCAACGGGACGGACGAUGAAAAGGCCUCUCACGUGGGUCCUGCUGACACGCACCUGAAGUCUGAGAACGACAAGCUGAAGAUUGCUUUGACGCAGAGCGCCGCCAACGUGAAGAAGUGGGAGGUGGAGCUGCAGACCCUGCGGGAGAGUAACGCCCGGCUGACGGCAGCGCUUCAGGAGUCGGCCGCCAGCGUGGAGCAGUGGAAGCGCCAGUUCUCCCUGUGCCGUGAGGAGAACGAUCGGCUCCGGAACAAGAUUGACGAGCUGGAGGAGCAGUGCAGCGAGAUAAACAGAGAGAAGGAGAGGAACACGCAGCUGAAGCAGAGGAUCGAGGAGCUGGAGUCCGAAGUGCGGGAGAAGGAGACGGAGUUGAAUGACCUCCGCAAACAAAGUGAAAUCAUACCUCAGCUCAUGUCGGAGUGCGAAUAUGUCUCUGAGAAGUUAGAGGCGGCAGAGAGAGACAAUCAGAACCUGGAGGGCAAGGUGCGGUCCCUCAAGACGGACAUUGAGGAGAGUAAGUACCGCCAGCGCCACCUGAAGGUGGAGCUCAAGAGCUUCCUGGAGGUGCUGGACGCGAAGAUCGACGGCCUGCACGACUUCCGCCGCGGCCUCUCCAAGCUGGGGGCCGACAGCUAGGGGCCGUGGGCCGAGGGCUGGGGCGUCCUCUCGUGUGAGUCGCUCUGUUAGUGCAGGUGUGGUUUGUUGCGCCUCCACACCCGUGGUGCCGUCCACUCUCCCCUCCGGAACACACGCCUCCUCUCGCCUCCCUGACCUCGCGAGGCUGCGGACAUCUGGAAGGUUCUGACUCAGGAAUCCCGCGCUAGGUCUCCCUUAAACGUUUACGUAGUCAGGGCAGGGAUGUUUGUAUCUUUCUUAAGGGCUGUUGCGACCAUACCAACUGAGCAAAGGAUUUUCUAUUACAAAUAGGAACACGCUUUCCACCUCCUUUUUUUGGAAGAACGUUCAGAGCAUUUGAACGUCCACCAGGCACCCGUGCGCGGGGCAUGGGGGUAUUGCCUUCCCUCUCGGUAAGAAUCAAGAUGCUUUAAAGCAGCCGCUUAGUAGAGACUUGUCCGGAGAGAGCAAACAAGUCUGGGGUGGGCUCACAGGCACUGCCUGCACCCACUCUGCCCCCUUCCACCCACCCCCAGUUCGUAGGGUUGCGACAGUGUUCCUUUCCUGGGUUUUAACUUCUGAGCAGAUGACUGUGCUGUGGGGACAGCGUGCAGUGAGGGCGCCUAGCACAGUGCCUGGCACAAAGGUGCUUAAUAAAUAUUUGUUUAACUAAACAGAUAAACAGAACUUAGUGUUUUAAUCGACACCCCCCCCCCCCUUCCCAGCCUCCUGCCAGCAGGGUCCAUUGAAUCCUGUUGAACAAUCCUUCCUUUUGCUGAUCUGGGCGAGUAUCAGAUAGGAAUUUGACUCACUGUGUGUGGUCAAGCUUCUGGAUGGGCUCGGGUGGCCCUGGGGCAGGGCAGGUGGCCACGGAAGCAGCAGGAGCUGGUCUGAGGCCCCCCAGUGGUCCAUUCAUGGUGCUGUGUCCCUGGGCCCUUUUGAACUGGGACGACCCUUCUUCUCCAGGCUUGGGAUGUAGGCCAGGACCCUGUGUGGGGAAAGAGCUCGCCCAAGCCCACGAGGGAGAGUCUGCUCAGCCUGGCUGAGCCGUGACCUUAGCAACAGGGGAGCCCUGCCUGCCUCUCUUCCUGCUAAGGGAGGGACCAGAGACAUUCAGCUCUUCUCUCUUACAGAGUUUCUCGGCGGGGCCAGGGACAUCUGGGUGCCCUGCACGUGCCUUGGCUACAGGCAUUUCGAAAUGCCUUUCGGGAUGUUGGAGGCCUUACUGCCUCCUUGCCUCCCUCUGCCUGCUUUGAGAACCACCAAGAGAGCAUCCCCUUCUAGAAAGAGUUUCUAGAACUACCCCCUGGUGAAUCUGGAUAAACAACAAAACAGCCCGAGGAGGCAGUGGGACACACACACGCACGCACACGCGCACACCCUAUGGUGAGUCCUGCCACCGAGACUGUCUCUGAGCAGAGAGGUCUUAUUUGGGAGGAGGGAAGGCCGGUCGUCUGGAGCACCGAGGCACCUCGGGGCAGUGGGGGAUGGGGGCCUGCAGGCCGAGUGGGGCAGCUUUGCCUGAGCAUGCCCGGGCUCGUGGCGCACGGGCAGUGGCAAGUGUGGGCAGCCCUCUCGGUGACAGGAGGUAGGGUGCUGCCGUCCUGCCCUCCCCAGAGCUCCGGAUGGCACAGGAAAGUGGGUAGCAGCUCCCUACUGGUCAGGAGACCAGAAAGCCAGGCUGGCCGUGGUUUGGCCCAGCAGUGGCUGAAAGGGGGUUCUUCUCAGGCCAGGUCAGACCACCUGGCUGCAGACUGGACCUGGGGCUGCCUGGGAGCAGCCGGGAUUCCGAGACCUCAGCCUGGAGCCUUCCGAUGCCCAGCACUCCUGCGUGUUAGGUCACUUACUGGUCUGGAAGGGACCCUCUUGACUGACGGGAGUGUGCUCGGGUGACCUGUUCACAGGGAGGUAGAGUUUCCGAAGCCCCUGUGCAUUGCAUCUUGCUGUUGGUAGGAGACGUUGGCAGAAGUUGCACCACGACCGCUGCGUCCCUCCGUGGUCAGGCCCCACGAUCCCUGCCCAGUCAUCCCUGGGGAGUUGGGUGAGGACCCUGAAGGUGGGAGGUGAGGACCCGCAAGUGGUCUCAUGCGUUGCAGCCCAGGAGCUAAGAGCUGGACGGGCUCCUCAGAGGGCGCUAGGUUUAGCAGGGAAAAUACAACAGCCGUACAGAAGCACUAGCCUUGCCCCUCCUUCUGCUUUUCUCGGAAGAUCUCAGUGCUUCUUCACCGACUUUAUUUAAAAAAAAAAAAAAAGUCCUGGGGACAACCUGGAGGGUCCAUGAAGACACUGCCUGGUCACUCACCCCUGGCACUGUGCGUGUGGGCUCCGUAUAAUGAAAAUGACCUGCUCAGUUCGUCCCAGUCUCUGCCUGAGCCGGUGUAACACGUCCUCACUUAUGAGGGUGUCAGCUCCACUGAUGUCCUGUGCUUGGCAUCAUGGAAAGCCAGCGUGGGCAGCUCAGCUCACCCGCCUCCCCCCCCCCCCCCCCCCCGGGCCCCAUGAGCACGUGGCCCCGCCGUGCUGCUGGGACACGUAUCGCCAGCCUGCCCUUCGUUUCCAGAUCAGGCCUCCUGAUUCCAGCACGUCCAGGGCUGGCUGCCCAAACCCGAUUGGCUUUUGUCUGCGUCUGUUAAAGCUGGGGUCCAAAGCGGGGGACGUGCAGCACGGAGCCCUGUCAUCGUAAUGGGCCUGAAAAAUAAUUUUCCUUCUGAGUAGAGACCCAGUUGGCAAGGGGAGGAGAGGUCUUCCUAGUGACAGGUUGGAAAGUAUGGUCAUGCCGUGAAGGGAGAGCGAGCCAGCAUCCACGUGAGACCUGGAAUGUGUGUGGCGCGUCAGUCCCACGCCGUCCAGCACGCUGUCACAUUAGACUUCAAGUGGGUGAGAGGGUCUCUCAGGGUCAUUCCCCACUUUGCAGACAGUGACACGCCUGUCACCCAGCUAGCGAUCAGCCCCAGGGGGCGCUGCAUCCAACUCUGCCAGACCUCGGUCCCGCCUCUUUCCGGGAGUCUUGCCACUCUUCUCCCUUGGUGACCUUUUGGCGCUAAGAAAACAAAUUCUCUUGUGUCCUGAGGAGACCACACUGUGGUCAUAUUAUUUUAACGUGAGUCCACAGCAAGCGAUGAUUUAUAAAUGAGCGAACUAGAAUUACAUUUGCGUUCAUUAUAGACAGUAAGGUCCAUUUGGCAAAGCCAGAGUUAUUCCGAGACACUCCUGGUUACAGUGAUGUCCGUGCUUUGAGAGGCCGGAUCUAGGAAACACGAACACGUCGAGUUCUUUGUUGAUGGCUCUAGUGGAGACAGAGCAGUGGGUGCACAGCAAGCGAGAAGCCCUGAGAUGUUAGAGCAAGAGGUAGCGCUCUGGCUGGGAGGUCCCCCAUGGGAAACGCGGACUCAGGGAGGAUGGAGUGUAAGUCGCGUGCUCCCAGAAGCGUCGCCAUCUGCCCGUUUUAAAGGACUGCUUUUCUGUAGAAGUCAGGGGCAAUGCGGGACGAGAGCCAGCCGCGGGGCACGGCAGGGACCGUACCGGGGACCUCAUGUGUGGCCAGGUGCACCCUUGGAAGGCAGACUUAGCAUAGGCCUUCGAAAGACGCUGCCCUGUGAGACGGAGCCAGCCCCGCUCUUUGCUGAUCCCUGAAAGUGGGUUGUUGUGCCAUCGGUCCUUCUAAAAGUUACGAUUCUUUCUUUGAAAUACCAUUGGAUUUUGAAGUGCUGACCAUUUAAACUAGAAGCUUGUAAAUCAAUGUCCGUACAUAUUUUUAAAUGAUAUGCAUGGUUUAAGAGGAACCUAAUUCUGGGUACGUGGUUUCCUCCAAAAGAAAACAUUAUCUAUUCCGGGGGUGGUGGGGUGGCAUCAUGGAGAGGGAAUCCUGUACAGAAAUGUAUGUUCUUUAAGUGUCUUUUCCAUACACCUGCCUCAAGGAUUGUUACUCUUUAAAUGCCAGCCAGGCAAGAGGGGGACUUUGGUGAUAAUUUGGCAGCUGGAUGGAACAUUCUAGUGAACUUAGGAGUGUGUGUGUGUGUGUGUGUGUGUGUGUGUGUGUGUGUGUGUGUGUUGGGGAACGAGAUGGGAGAAAAUACAAAGAACAAGGUUUCAAAUGAAAAAUACGUACACCUAAGAAAGAAUAGCCUUUAAUACUCCUGGUGGUGAUACUCCGUGUUCUGGAAUCUAUGAGAAGAUGAGUUUCUGGGUCUUUCAUUUCGAGUGGGGUUGUACAGUGCCCUGCGCUCUCUGAUGAUGCAGAGCCUUGUGAAGAGGGGUUCCCCCCCCAGUCACACAGACCCCUGGUGCCCCCUGGCCGGAGCCUAGAGAAACCACAGUGGAGGUCAGACUGGUACAUUUUGGCAGGUGGUUGACAGGUCUGAUGAUACACAGCUGCGGGGCAUGUGUCACCGUUGUUAGGCCGUUGUCCCGCUUUCGGUAUCAGGUCCUGACUUGAAAUAGUCAUAGCGAUGUCUCGUGAUGUAGCAGGCCAUUAGGCAUUUCUUACAUCGAAUGUAAGAAUUUAAUCAUUAGUAUGAAGUGGUCAAGUGGGCUCUCCCAGGAGUACUAGGGUUUGUUUGGAUUUUUUUCCUUUUUAAGUGCAUUUUUGGUACAUGAAUAAUGUAUACAUUUUUUUUAAAAAAAGGAAACUACAGAUGAGUGAAAAGAGAAAAAGUCACCUAUCAGACCAUCUGAUUAUAACCACUGUUAACAUUUUGAUGUAUAUCUUUUCAGACUUUUUUCUGUGCGUUUAUAUGUUUUAUUACUUUUUUCGUGAAAUACAGUUAUGUUAUACGUACUGUCUUAGCACUUGCUUUUUUCCCUUGUGGCACCGUAUUGUGACUCGAUUUCUAUAUCACUAAAGAUAUAGUUCCAUCAUUUUUAAUAUCUAUAGAGGUUGUCCCUUAGGUUACUUAGGUUUCUGAAUUUUUACUGUCACAGUUGAUGAAAUCCUUCAUUCUAACAUCUUUGUAAACUUUUCAGAAUAUUUAGGAUGAUUUUCUACAGUUGGGCUUGCCAGCUCAACAGCGUGGUGGGCAGUCCACCCAGUACUGCCCUGUGCCUCCUCCUGUCCUUCCUGGGCGUGUGGGAGACUACUUUCCAGCCCCCUUAAAGUCACGCGGGGUUCCAUGACAUUCUGGCCAGUGAAUUGUGAGCAGAAGUGACGUGCGAGACCCCCAGGCUGAGACUGUGGGAUGCUUUAGCCUCUGUCCCCUCGCCUCAGCACGGGGUGAUGUCCGGCGAUGGGGCCUCUGUCUGCCUGGCUCCUUGAGUGACUGUGGAAGAGCCCCCGCUCCCCUCAAAACACCCACCCACCUGCAUGGACGUGGGGUGUGGGUAGACGGUAAACCUUAGGUGUUGUGUGUGCCCCUGGGGUUUGAAGGUUGAUUUGUUACUGCGGCAUAACACGUCCUAUGCUAACAAAACACGGUACGCAUAUUUUUAGGACUUUUAAUAUGUAUUGCCUCAAAUUGCCUUCCAGAAAGACGAUACCAAAUCAGACUCUUACCAGCAACGUGUGAGAAUGUCCUGCUCCCCCUUCAACACUGGUGUUACCGUGGGGGCUGGUGGCUAGUUUUGAUAUGCAUUUUUUCAUUAGAGUGUGACCCUCCCUAGCAAAAAUAUUCACUGGACAAUAUACUUUUGUACUUUACCUACUCAUCCCUUCUGGCCACUUUUCUCAUUAACAUUCCAUGUUAACUAUACUAGAAUUUUUAAAAAGUAAAAAUAAGUAAACUAGGCCAAUCAAUAAGGAAUAAAAAUAAAAUGAAAAAAAAAAAAGGUUAAAUCUUUGACCCAUCUGAAAUUUUUUUACUUAAACUGGGAAAUCUGUCCUUUCUCUACAGAUAUGAAAUUCCAUUUUUACUCUGUCCCCAGUCCUCACAUAUGGUUCAGCGUGCUUCUGAACUUUCGUUGUUCACGUUCUGGCACUGGUACGACACUGUUUGAUCAUCCCAUAUUUAGAGUAAAUGCCUCCAUUAAUUAAACCUUUUCAAAAAAAAAGUCCCUUUUGUAUAUUACUAUUUCUAAAAGAAAUUUGCUAUCGUUUGUAAUGUUUUGAAGAAUCAGAAACUGGAUCAUGUGAAAAUUUAUAGGUUACUCCUACAAUUCUUCAUCGAGAAUUAACAUCUUUAUAAUAUUUAAACUCUGACCUCAGUAAAUUUAUGAAAUCGUAUGUUCCUCAGUAUAUUUCUUCUAGUGUAGGUAAUUUCUGCGCUUGUGCUUGUAAAUGAGCUCUCUUGUUCAUUAUGUUUUCCAACUGCUUAUUCAUAUAAAGCAUUAAGAAAAAUGAAAAUUAGGUCCAUUGAUUUUCUGAUCUAAAGUAUUAUAGGAGAGUUGUAUAAAGUGUACCCAUCAGGAAAAAACAUAGACUGAAAGUCCCCCAUAAUGAAAAUCCCUCUGCCCCAAGAUAGUCCGUAUUUACAGCAUGUGCCUCAUUUUUUUUCUAAAAGUCUUUUUCUCUUUUUUCUCAUUUUGACCACAUGCUACAACUCUUGAACUACUUGAGUCUUUUUUAUUUGGCUGUAGAUCUCAGACGUCUUCCUGUGUCAAUCCGUAUCAAUCUACCUCAUUUGGAACUGUGCACAGAGAGCAGCGUGUGUGUAUAUUGGUUUACUUAACGUGGCAGUUGGUGGUUUAUUUUUUAACUAGCCAAUCACUGAGUUUUCUUUUGUUCUCAUGUUUUUCUGGUUGUUAAUUCUUUUGCCUUUCUCAGGUAGAUAAUAGUUGUGGGUGGUGAUGAUAAUUUCACCUCCAUAUUUUUAUCUUAUUUCACUUCCUUAUCAUAUUGACCAGCACUCUUGAAAGAACAUUAAGUAACACAUAUUUAAUUGUGCUGGCAUUUUACAUUCAUAUAUAUAUAUACACACACACACACACACACACACAUAUAUGUACAUAUAUGUAUUUGUGUGUGUGUAUAUAUAUAUAUAAAGAUAUACAUACACACACACACAUAUACACAUAUAUAUACUUAGGAAGAAUACUUCUAGUGUUUGUCUAAAAGUACAAAUUUGAGGGGGCACGCGGGUGGCUCAGUAGGUUAAGCAUCUGACUCUUGAUUCCGGCUUAGGUCAUGAUCUCACUCUUCACGGGAUGGGGCUCUGCACUGACAGUGUGGAGCCUGCUUGGGAUUCUCUCUCUCUCCCCUCUCUGCCCCUCCCCUGCUCGUGCACACACACACUCUCUAUCUCUCAAAAUAAACUUAAAACAAUUUUUUUUAAAUGUACAAAUUUGACUCAGUGUAAGAUAUUCUUAAUUUAUAUAUUAUAAAGUUAUAUCUUCUUUUUCUAGUUUGCUGAAAGGUUUAUCAGUGAUGGAUGUUAGGAUUUUAUUAAAUUUCUUUUCUGCACAUCUGUCGAGAUGAUGAAAUGGUUUUUAUCAUGACCUAAGAUGAAUCAUUUUAAUAGACUUACUGAUGUUGAGCCCUCUGUGCAUUUCUAGAAAAACCUGGGUUAGUCAUGGUAUAUUACUCUUUUAAUGUAGAUCUCCACUCAGUGUUAACAGUGGUUAUUUAUGAUGGGUUAGUUUAUGGUAGAUUUUUGCUCUGUGUUCUUAUCUGUAUUUUCUGAUUUUUCUACAAGUCUUGUGUAUUGCUUGUAUAAUACAAAUAAGAGCUUUAAAAUAAGAAAAAUAUCCCAAACUUGGUUUGCUCAUAUCUUGGAAUUUGUCAUAUGUUAAGAUGGAUAGUUGUAUAAUUGUUUUUCUCCUUUGUCAGGUACUGGUGUUGGGUUUAUGUUAACUUCUUUUAAAAACAAACAAAAUGGCGCCUGGCUGGCUCAGUGGGUAGGACAUGUGACUUGAUCUCGGGGUUGUGAGUUUGAGCCCCACAUUGGGCAUAGAGCUUACUUUAAAACAAACAAAUAAGAACUUGGAGAGUUCUUGCUCUCUUUUUUUUAUGCCCUGGACACAGUUUAAAUAAUAUUUAGGAUUUUUUGCUCCUUGAAGUUUUUAUAACCUGUGUAAAACUGUCCCAAGUCUAGUGCCUUUUUAGGAAAUAAUUCUUUGACAUUUUUUCCAGUAUUUUCCAGGCUCAUUGGUCUCUUCAAACUUUCUUCCUAUUCUGUGAGUUUUGGGCCAUUUAACUCCUAAAUAAAGAUUGUUAAGAUUUUCCUAUUUGCCAGUGUGGAGUUGUUGUAUUCUUCUUUCUCAUUCAUGACGUUGGGUGUCUGUUCUUUCCCUUUAUUUGUAUGCAUGUUCCCAGGAUUAUUCUAUUUCAUCAGUCUUUUCAAAGAACUUAAAUCCUAAUUUACUCCACCAUUUUAUGAUUUUUUGUUACUUCCUUUAUUUUUUCACCUUCUCAAAUUGAAUGCCAUUUUAAUUUUUUCUUGUUUAAAUAAUGGACACAGGUACUAGCAGUUGUAAGGCUGUGACUUCUCUUCUGAAUAUUUCCUUAUCCAUAUCCCUCAAAUUUUUAGGCAGGGUGUUCUAAGGUAUAAAUAAUUUGUAAUUUCAGAUUUGACUUUAUUUUUUACCGGAGAGUUAUUUGAAAUUAUGUUUUUUAAUUUCCAGAUAAUUUUAUAUUUGCUGUUGUUGUUUUUAACAUUUGUUACAAAUUUCAAGUUUAACUGCUUUGCUGUCAAAGAGGGGAAGGCCUGUACAAUUUCUGCAUUUUGGAGUUUUACUGAUAUCUUCUUGGGACCCAGCAAAUUGUCAAUUUUAAUAUUCCUAGGAAAAUGGAAAAGAAGGUAUGUUCUCUGAAGGGAACAAAAUUCAGUCUGUAUGUGUUAAUUUGACCUUAUUACUUAUAAUAUCAUGGACCAUUAAUUUUUACUUACUUGAUUCAUUAAAGACUAAGGAAAAUGAGUCUCCCA